AUGUCAAGAUCCAGAUCUUUCAGUGUCAUUUCAGUGAUCUCAACAGGAACUUGGUGUUUGUCACUAUUCCAGUUGGUGCUUUCGAAUCUGCCAUGCGAAGAAAAUGAAAUGUGUCUAAAUUAUACUGAUCAACACCCUAAUGACUGGUACAUCUGGUUCCUACUGCUGAUUUUCUUGGUGUCUCUUCUCUGUGGAGUGGUGCUUUUCUGUCUCCAGUGCUGGCUGAAGAGAUCCCGAAUGGAUUCCCCAAGACGCACCAUGGCUGUUUUUGCUGUUGGAGAUUUGGAUUCCAUUUGUGGGACUGAAGCAGCUGUGAGUCCAACUCUUGGAAUUCACCUUCAAACUCAAAACCUUGAACAGUACCCUGUUCCAUGUUUUGACACACUAGGUCCUCCACCCCCAUAUGAAGAAAUUCCAAAAACACAAGAUCUUCCAAUGCGGAUGUACAAUUUUAUAGUUCCUCCAGCAAUGAGUGAGAGUUCUUGGUGUUCCACAUCUUUGUUAGCAUUUGGUAUUGUCAGUGCUCUGAGUUUGGGCAUUCCAAUAAGUAUGGUUUUCCACUAUGACCUUUUAAUUUCAAAAGUGGCUAUGAAAAAAAAAGAUCAUAUCUGUGGAGCCCUGGAAUGUCCCAGGAUAGCCCCACCAAUGCCCACGGAGCCCACACUGGGUCCCAACUGCAUCUUUGAACACAUUGCCCAACAUCAUCGCUAG